AUGAAAAGUGUGGAAUAGUUAUUCCCUCAAUUUGAGAUAGUUAAAAUAGUUAAAUAAAGCUCAUUUAGGAAGUCAUUUAUAGUUAAAAGAAGUGCUCAUUAUUACAUGUUAAGAAUAUUUACAUUGGAGAGUAUACCUAAGGAUAGAGUGCAUAAUAUAAUAAAAUUACUUACAAAGUUAUCUAAUCAAAAGAACUCAUAUAAUGUGAAGUUUUAUGAAGCUUCUUUAGAUUAAGAGAUGACAUAUUUAGGGUAUUAGUAUAAAUUUUGAUAAUUAGAAUAGUGAGUGAUUAUUUAGAUAAAUA